AUGGCGCUCAAGACAGAUGAGGGCCACCAGAUUGAUGGAAAAGAUGCAGCUGCAACAGGCAGUGCCUCCCAGUCCCAGGAAGAGCCCCCCAGCAGCCGUGCUAGAGAGCUGACUCCUGAAGCAAGAGCUGCGCUCACUUUGCAGUGUGCCUUCCGCCGCAUCUUGGCACUUCGGGAGAGAACUAGGCGAUUGAAGGAACGGCAAGAAUACAGCGAAUUAAUGGAACGCCUCCAGAGAGAGGCCUUCAUUGCACUGGCGAAGAGGGAGCAGGAGGAAGCUGAGCGGGAGCGAAAGAAAGAGGAGGAAGAAAAGAAGAAGCAGCGCGAGGAGCAGCAGAGAAAGAAGCGCAUGCUGGAGGCCGCCUUUGAGGGCGAUGUGGAAGAGAUGAAGGCAGUUUUGAAAGAGGUGGCAGAUCUGGACACGAGGAGUGGGGUCGGAACAGACGAGCAGGGGAAGGCUGUGCGGCUCCGGCAUCACCUCGACACGGUGGACUGCACAGAUGCCAACGGCAACACGCCUCUCUCCGAGGCGUCUGGUGGGGGCCACCCCGAAGCCAUCCGGAUGCUAAUAGAAAACGGAGCCAAUCUAAACAGCCGGGGUGCUUUUAACCGGACGCCUCUCUAUCGGGCUGCAUUCGCAGGACACUUGGCAGCGGUGGAACUGCUUCUCCAGCAUGGGGCUGACCCUCGCCUCUAUGCUGAUGACGGCAACACCCCUGAGCAGGUUGCCUCUCUGGACAGCUUGGUGGCUAUUCUGAAUUCCUGGGAUCUCAACCUAACAGACUCCAUGCUUCAGAAAAUGCAAGCGGAGCAGCAGCGAAGGGCCCAGCAGGAGCAGAAGCAGAAAGCUGCAGAGACACACCGGAUGGCGGAGGAGGUGGAGCGGCUGGCCAAGGAGUACGAGAGGAGCAGCACGGAGCUGCAGCAGGCCUACAGCGAGCUGAACAGGCGCAUAACGGAGCACGACAAAUGCCAGCGGAAGCAGACGGGCCACGCGGAGGUCUCGCUGCACGCAAUAGCAGACGCGGAAGAACUGGUGGAGAGAUUGCGGGCAGCAGCUCUGGAGGCCGAGGAAAAGCUCUCCUUGGCACGACUUAAACUGCGGGAACAGAUUCAGGAAGGUCAGCAAAU